AUGUCGAUUCUUAUUACCGGUGCAGGUGGCUAUGUCGGCCAGGAACUAGCAUCUGCCCUCCUUACCAGCUCGCCAGAUCUAACGGUGACACUGGCAGACGUCGUAGUACCCAGCGUCCCUGCCUCCGCAUCACAGCAUGCAUCGCGAGCAAAGUGCGUACAAGCCGAUCUUACUUUGCCCGAAGUCGUCGACGAGGUCUUCACCGCGUCCAACCGCUACGACACCGUCUACCUGCUCCACGGAAUCAUGUCCAGCGGCGCAGAGGCCAACUUCGAGCUCGGGGUGCGAGUCAACCUCGACGCAACCCGGUACAUCCUCGACCGGCUGCGCGCCGUCCAGCCCGGCGUCAAAGUCGUCUUUACAUCUAGCCUAGCAGUCUACGGACUCGCGCCCAAGGGCUUCGUCAUCGACGAGACAAACUUCCCACCCGUGCCCUCGUCAUCAUACGGCACGCAGAAGCUCAUGAUCGAGCUGCUGCUCAAUGACUACUCGCGCCGUGGGUUCAUUGACGGCCGUGCUGUGCGUCUGCCCACGGUGACUGUGCGAGCGGGAAAGCCUACACAGGCAGCGAGCAGCUUUGCGAGUGGGAUCAUUCGCGAGCCGUUUCAUGGAGAGAAGGCGGUUCUGCCGGUUAGCAGGGAGACGGAGAUGUGGGUUUGCUCGCCGUAUACGGUUGUCAAGAACUUGAUCCAUGCGGCUAGUGUCCCUGGCGAGGCGUUUGGUGAUUCGAGGUCUGUGAACCUUCCUGGGCUUGUGGUUAGUGUGCAGGAGAUGCUGGAUGCGUUGGAGGAGGUUGGUGGCAGCGAGAGGCGGGCGCUGGUCGAGGAGAAGUACGACGCGGAUAUUGAUCGGAUUGUGCAGACGUGGUCGCCGCAUUUUAACCCGGCUCGGGCGCUGAGUUUGGGAUUUUCGGCGGAUAUUCCGAUGAUUGAGAAUGUGCGGCGGUAUGCUAGUCAGUUUAGAUAG